UCCAGCACCCAGAACAAACUCAUUUAAAAUGGCUCUCUUCAAUGUGAGAUCACUUUCAAUGAAAGCAGAUUCUGGCUCAUGAAUAUUUCAGCGUGGUGUAAUGAAAUCCAGGUGACUCAGUGGCAGUGGUACACAUACACAUGGCCUGGCCACUGCGACCAUGAACACACCUGGAGCUGAAACAGUAAGAGUGGGAGUUGUACUUACUACAGAGGGCAACGACUGUGUAGUCAUUGGUGAGGAAGGACGUGGUGUGGACUACAAAUCAGGAAAGGACGAGGUAAAAACAUUUGCAUGGUUACAUGAUUUGCAUCAAUCAACAUUCAGCAAUAUGCUUUCUAAACUCUCUCACCAUCACAAUGUGAUUUCCAAUCAGGAAGCAAAGUCUUUCUCCUUUGACCAAGUUGUGACUCUUGACAACAUACAGAGUUUCCACCCUGAGCUCCUGCAGCCUCUCACUGAGGUCAUAUCCAGUGGUUAUAAUGGAGCGCUGCUGAUAUGUGGAGCCUCCACAGAGAAGAUAGACUACAGUAUCACCAAACAGGUCUUGGCAAAUCUUUUGAGCCGUAUUUUACCAGUGAAGGAGGAGUUGUUCAUCUCUCUAUCGUUCCUUCAGUUUCAUCCAGAUGGCAGUACUGUGGAUCUCCUGAGCCCCAGUAGACAGACUUUAAGACUUGUGACACACCCUGUCCUUGGAAAUCUUGUAGGAGGUUUAGGCGAGGUGUGUGUGUGUUCAGCAGAAGAAGCCUUUACUCUGUAUGAAACAUGCAGGGAGACUAUGAAGGCAAAUGCAGGCUCCCUUUCCAGCAGAUGUAGUUCCCUGUUCUCAGUGGCUGUUGAGUGGAAACUUCAUCCAGACGAGGAGGAGGAGGAGGGGGAGGUGUGCCGCAGCAGACUGCAGCUGUUCAGCCUGGCAGGAGGAGCCAGCAGGACUGACCUCAGAGGAGUCAGCCCACUGCUGAAGGUUGUGGACCAAACCCAAUGUGAAGCCACAACAAGCGACAAGCUCCUCCCUUUCCUCCUAAAUGACGCCUUAAGAGGAAACAGUAAGACAGUCCUCAUCUACUGCAUCCACCCUCAAGGUUUCCUAGAUGACGAAACCCCCUCUGCUUUAGCUCUGGCCCAGAAAGCAAGAAGUAUGAUAACUAAGGCCACUGUCAACCGCUGGUGUCCAAGGGCAACCGAGCAAGAGAUCAGAGAUGACAUCAUGCAUCUAAGAACCGUGAUGAUGUCACUGGGAGAAAGUGAAACUCAUAACACCUACAGGCUGGCAGAGCUGACUCAAAACCUGCAGACUGUGAAAAAUCAGUCAUGGGAGAAGAGGAGGGAAGAGUCAAAGAAGAUAAAAGACAAAACACAGAGUUGUCGGACACCAAAUAGCAAUUGGCGCAGCAGUGGUCAUAGAGAGAGCACAGACACGAUGAAAUAUUUACAAGAGCAGCUGAAACAAGAAAUGGAGGAACACAUCAGAGAGGGGAAAGGGAAAGUUGAGAAAGUCCAUGAAAGAGUAGCAAGAAUCCAGCAGCUGAGGGAGGCUCUCAGAGAGGAGACACUGAAGAACGGGGCUGCUACAGAGAAAUCUGACCUCUGUCAGGAAUCUCAGUUGGAAUACAGCAAAGCACAGGAGCGGAGGAGGCAAGUUAAGGACGACCACGGGAAAUUAAUUCAGGAGGAGGUGGAGAAGAUGGAGAGGGACUUGGCACUGGAACCGCUACCAACAGAGGGCUCCCAGAGAGAGCUGCUGGUGCUGACCAGAGAGCGGCAGGUCCUUGUGCUGCAGAUAGAGGCCCUGCGCGCUGAGGCCCAGCAGGCUGAGAGAGACCUGCAGGAUCAGUAUUACAGACACCAAACAGAGCUGCAUUGUCUAAGAGAAGAGAGCCUGCAGGUGUUCCGAGUGUUUCGUCAGGUAAGCGAGGAGCAGCGGAAGAUGUCAGAGGGCAGAUACAGAAGCGUGCUGCUGGAGGCUGUGCAGGAUGCCGUCUACCUUUCAGCCCAGAACCAGCAGCUGCAGGCUGACAACAAACAACUCCGUAAAGCACUGGGAGAGUUAAAGGAUACUCUAGCUGUGCGAGGUGAUCCUAAGGCUGGAAUGUUAACCCAGAAACAAUGAAUAUACAGUGGUGUGAGUGUUUGCCCCCUUCCUGAUUUCUUAGUUUUUUGCACAUUUGUCACACUGAAUUGUUUCAGAUCAUCAAACAACUUUUAAUAUUAGACAAACUUAACCCGAGUAAAUACAAAAUGCAGUUUUUAAAGGUGAUUUUAUUUAAUAAGGGGGAAAAAGCUAUCCAAACCUACCUGGCCCUAUGUGAAAAAAGUGAUUGCCCCCUAAACCUAAUAACUGGUUGUGCCACCCUUGGCGGCAACAACUGCAAUCAAAAGUUUGCGAUAAUUGGCAAUGAGUCUUUCACAGCACUAUGGAGGAAUUUUGGCCCACUCUUCUUUGUAGAAUUGUAUUAAUUCAGCCACACUGGUUGGUUUUCGAGCAUGAACAGCCUGUUUAAGGUCAUGCCACAGUAUCUCAGUUGGAUUUAAGUCAGGACUUCGACUAGGCCACUCUAAAAGCUUAAUUUUGUUUUUUCUGAGCCAUUCAGAUGUGGACUUGCUUGCGUUUCAGAUAACUGUCCUGCUGCAUAACCGUGCACUUGAACUUGAGGUCAUGAACUGAUGGCUGGACAUUCUCCUUCAGGAUUUUCUGGUAGACAGCAGAAUUCAUUAUUCCAUCAAUUACGGCAAGUCGUCCAUGGUCAUGAAGCAGCAAAGUGGCCCCAGACCAUCACACUACCACCACCAUGUUUGACUGUUAGUAUGAUACUUUUUAUUUUAUGCUGUGUUGGUUUUACGCCAGAUUUAACGUGACGCACCCCUUCCAAAAAGUUCAACUUUUGUCUCGUCAGUCCACAAAAUAUUUUCCUAAAAGUCUUGGGGAUCAUUAAGAUGUUUUUGGGCAAACGUUAGACAAACCUUUGUGUUCCUUUUGGUCAGCAGUGGUUUUCGUCUUGGAAUUCUGCCAUGCAGAACAUUUUUGCCCAGUGUCUUUCUUAUUGUUGAAUCAUGGACUCUGACCUUAACUGAGGCAAGUAAGGCCUGCAGUUCUUUAGAUGUUGUUCUGGGUUCUUUUGGGAAUUUCUUGAUGAGUUGUCAGCGCGCUCUUGGAGUAAUUUUGGUAGAUUGGCCACUCCCAGGAAGACUCACCACUGUUCAAGUUUUCUCCAUUUGUGGAUCAUGGCUCUCACCAUGGUUAGCUGGAGUCUCAAAGCCUUAGAAAUGGCUUUGUAACCCUUCCUAGACUGAUAGAUGUCAACGACUUUGUUUCUCAUUUGUUCUUGAAUUUCUUUAGUUUGUGGAAUGAUGUGUUGCUUUUUGAGAUAUUUUUGCCUACUUCACUUAAUCAGAACGGUUAUAUUUAGGUGAUUUAUUGAUACAAUAGGUUUGGCAAUAAGUAGGCCUGGGUGUGGCUAGUGAAAUUGAACUCAACUUUCCAAAAAAUCUGGUUAAUCACAUGAUUUAACAAGGGGGGCCAUUACUUUUUCACAUAGGGCCAGGUAGGUUUGGAUAGCUUUUUCCCCUAUUAAAUGAAACAAUCUUUUAAAAACUGCAUCUUGUAUGUAUUGAGGUUAUGUUUGUCUAAUAUUAAAAGUUGUUUGAUAAUCUGACACAUUUCAGUGCGACAAAUGUGCAAAAAACUAAGAAAUCAGGAAGGGGGCAAACACUUUUUCACACCACUGUUUGAAUCAGUGUGCUUAAUGUAAAUCAUGAGAAAUAAAACAGUUUUCCACAA